AUGUUUACGGGUAAAGGAAAAAAGGCAUUUAUUGAUCGCAAAAAUGCUGUAACAUUUCAUUUGGUACAUCGCAGUCAACAUGAUCCCCUGGUAACAGAUUCGGAGGCUCCACAGCGCGUCUUGCUUGAGGCUGCCGAUGUUGAAAAACGCCGCGAGGAACAAAAGAAAUAUGGCAUAGAUUUCGAUGAUGACUAUAAUUAUUUGCAGCAUUUGAAAAAACCCGAAAUGGACACCGUAUGGGAAUAUGUGGAGAAUCCAAAUCAAGUUAAGAAACGUUUAGAUGAAAAUCGUUUGACAACGGCGCCCAAACUGAAUUUACCCAGUUCGGUGUUUGCCACCGAAUUUGAAGAAGAUGAGGGUAUGUUGAAUAAAGCUGCACCACAACCAGGUCCACGCCCAGAUUGGGAUCCCGAUGUUGUUGCUGCCCUGGAUGAUGAUUUUAAUUUCGAGGAUGAAGAUAAUCAGUUGGAGGAUGAUUUUGUUUUAAAGGCCAUGGGUGGUGACGGUGAUGAUGAUGACGAAGAUGACUACGACGAUGAUGAUGAUUAUGAGGAUGACGAAAGUGGUGAAGAUUUUGAUUCUGAUGAUUUACACGACUCUGAAUUGGAUGAUGAAGAGUUAAUGGACCGUCUGGGUCCUCUGAUGAGACGUAAUCGCUUCGACAAAGAAGAAACCAAAUCCCAGUUUACAGAAUAUUCCAUGUCUUCGAGUGUUAUAAGACGUAAUGAACAAUUGACUUUGCUUGAUGAUCGUUUCGAACGUUUCUAUGCCACCUACGAUGACCCCGAACUUGGUGAUCUGGCCACAGAGGAAAUCGAGGGUAGCUGGGGCCAAAAACAUCCCUACGUUUUGGGUUGUUAUAAACUCUUCAAAAAAUCCAAUGAAAUUAUGGAAUACAACAAAGAGUGGGACAAAAAACGCAUAGAAAAAUAUGCCAAUGUGGUAGAGGGUGAUCACGAUCCAGAAGAAGAAUUGGAAGAGGUUGAGGUGGAAGAUCCCAAAGAAAAGAAAUGGGAUUGUGAAUCGAUUUUGUCUACCUACUCGAAUAUUUAUAAUCACCCCAAAUUGAUUGAUGAGCCAAAGAGCAGAAGAAGUCGCCAGAAUUCCACCAACUCGUCGACAAUCAAUAAAAUUGAAAUUGAUCCCAAAACAGGAAUGCCAAUGCAUGUUCUGCACGGCGAUGGUAAUCAAUUGACAGCCAAGGCCUUGGCCAAGCUAGAUAAUGAGGCAGAUGGUAAGGUGACCGGUCCCAAGUCUUUGUGUGCCAAAUCAGUUUUAUCCACCCUUUCGGUGUUGUCCAUACGUCCCAAAGAUGAGACACCCGAAGAGAAAAAGGAACGCAAACGUCUGCUCAAAGAAUAUCGCCAGGAGAGACGCAUUGAGAAGAAGGCAAAUGCCGAGGCUUUCAAGGAGGAAAAGAAACGCCAGAUCCACGUUAAGCAAAAUCAACGCCUCAAUCAACAGGGCAGCAAAAUUUUAUAGA